AUCUGAUGAACCAAGGCAUCCUGGCCCUUGUCAGCUCCAUUGGCUGCACGUCAGCAGGAUCCCUGCAGUCCCUGGCAGAUGCCAUGCACAUCCCUCACCUCUUCAUCCAGCGCUCAACGGCAGGAACGCCAAGGAGCGGCUGUGGGCUCACCAGGAGCAACCGCAACGAUGACUACACGCUCUCCGUCCGCCCCCCUGUCUACUUAAAUGAUGUCAUCUUGAGGGUGGUCACAGAAUACGCCUGGCAGAAAUUCAUUGUUUUUUAUGAUAAUGACUAUGGCAGUUUACAGUUCUCUCUGUUUUCCAGGAAUAUGUAGAUACUUUUCUGUAGUAGUAAAUUCCUUAUGAAGAAACCAGUCAAUCAUUGUAAGAACAUAAUUGUAAAUUUUGUGCAAUUUACAGUGUAGAUAUCUCUGCAUUUCUAAGAUGAAAGAAAGUCUAGCUGUUUGAAAGCAUUUAUUUUUAAUGGGUUUUUUUGGUGCCAAAGCAGAUAGAAAGAUUCUGUACUUAAUCUAGAAAGGUUGGGGAAAUAAGGUUGUUCCUGGAGAAUUAAUUUUAUCUUAUUUCUUAUUCUCCUUUUUUGUGGUGGCAGUAAUAUUUUAAAACUCUUCUGUAUUUUGUA